GUGCUGAUCAUCGGUGGUGGUGACGGGGGAGUGCUGCGAGAGGUGGUGAAACACCCGACCGUGGAGUCCGUGGUGCAGUGCGAAAUCGAUGAGGAUGUGAUCCAGGUAUCUAAGAAAUACCUCCCAGGGAUGGCAGUGGGCUAUUCCAGCGCUAAGCUGACCUUGCAUGUGGGAGAUGGUUUUGAGUUCAUGAAACAAAAUCAAGAAGCCUUUGAUGUGAUUAUCACGGACUCAUCUGACCCCAUGGGUCCUGCAGAAAGCUUAUUCAAAGAAUCUUACUACCAGCUGAUGAAGACAGCACUGCGAGAAGAUGGGAUUCUGUGCUGUCAAGGUGAGUGCCAGUGGCUGCACCUGGAUCUCAUUAAGGAGAUGCGUCAGUUCUGCAAGUCUCUGUUCCCCGUUGUGGAAUACGCCUAUUGCACCAUCCCCACAUAUCCCAGCGGGCAGAUUGGCUUCAUGCUCUGCAGCAAGAACCCGAACACGAAUUUCCGGGAGCCUGUGCAGCAGCUCUCACAGCAACAAGUAGAGGAGAGGAGUCUGAAAUACUACAACUCUGACAUUCAUCGGGCAGCUUUCAUUCUGCCAGAGUUUGCACGGAAGGCCCUGAGUGAUGUGUGAGACAGAGAAGCUGCUUCCUUCCUUCGAGUUGGACCCCGAGAUCAUCAGUGAUGUGGUGGGGACCUUCCCAGCAGACUGCAGAUUUGCUCUCCACUGUGUGGGAUCGUUUAACCUUUUGCCAGCCAACAUUCCCUUUGAUGCUGUGUUAAAGAUGAUGGGGCAUAAGCCAGAUAAGCCUAUUGAAAAGGUCCAGUGACUUAUUGUGUGAGGUCAAAACUGUUCUUUCCAGUGCUGGAAACGUAAGAUGUCUUUUUCCUUUCUCUCCUCCCUGCACCCAGUCUAAAUUCUCCCCUUCCUGCGCCCCCCUCUACCCACUGCAACUGACGUGAUAUAUUUAUAACUGACACCUAUUUCUGUCCGGUGAAACCUGGGAAGAGUCCAGAAGGGUCACUGACUCAGCCUUAAGCCCAGGGAGCGAGGGCUUUGCGCGCAGAGUUACCUCACUCUCUCCCAACCGGAGCUCCCUGCUGCUGAGACGCUUUGACUGGUAACGGGUCCGAGCCUUC